AUGUCUGACCAACUCUUCGCUUCGAUAUCCCAAUAUCCUCUCGCGUUUGCGGCUUGUGCAGUCAGUCUCCUUGAGAUACCGCCUACGUUACUGAGCCAUUAUGCACCUUCUUCGUUUCCAAUUGAAUAUGCAGAUGUCUAUUCAACCAUCCUUGCCCUACUGCUUACCGUUUUGUACUACAUUUCAAGCGCGCAGACUGCGCGGCAGUCAUUCCUUUGCCUUGCAGUUUCCAUAUGGGCAAUUCGCUUGUCCACAUUCUUAGGAUCUCGGGUCAAGGCAGGCUUUCGUGACUCUCGCUUGGACAUAUUUCGCGGAUCUAUUAAACGCGCUGCACGCUGGGGCUUCGCACAGGCACUCUGGGUCUUUUUAACGUUGGUCCCGGUCUGGAUUGGCAUGUCAUCUUCGGCGCGGAUGUCAUCCCUUAGUGCAGUGGAUAUUGCGGCUAUGGGUCUCUGUGCCAUCGGUUUAGUGAUAGAAGUACUCGCGGAUGUUCAGAAAACUGCGUUCCUCAAGUUCAACAAAGCACAACCGGAGGCUGCAAGGAAGCUUGCUUGUGAUGUCGGGCUAUUCAAAUACUCAAGGUUUCCGAACUACUUCGGAGAAUGGCUCUUUUGGACCUCUCUUUGUCUGCUUACGUGGCAAGGGUCAGAAGGACUAGUCAAGAUGUUGCUGCCAGUCUCUUCUUGGUUUGUCUCUAAAGUGUUCUUCCUCUUUUCAAUUCCUAUCGCUGUUACGGCAAUCAAGAGGCGUGCCACCGAGGGUCAGUUUGCGGAAUGGUGCGAAAUCAGCAUAUUUGUUCCGCUUCCCCGACGCAAAAAGUCGUAG